UCUGUCAAAUCACAACGGGAGUGACGCGCAGGCGGAGCACUUACAUAAAAACCCUCCGAGGACUUUUUUUAACGCGUAAAAGCCACGGUGUUUUCGGUAAAUCGGUGUGGAAGUACGCAAACGUCAGAAUUAUGAAAAGCUGCGAUAGUUAGCCAGCGUCUCGCGGGCGUUUGGAGCACGUAACGUACACAAAGUAAGUUUUUCUCCCAGCUGAGAGGCGCACGAGACGCGACCGAGGACUAACGUUAAAGGGAUUUUACCGUCUCGGCUUUCUGUCGUUGUUUUUAUUGUUUGUUUGUUUACACCGAGGGAUGUGAGUCUGCCUGUUUGGAGCUGUUUUUAUUGACACAAACAACAAGGAUAACGCCACUUGUGUUUGAACCCCGCUCUGUUUGAAGUCACCAUGCUGACGAACACGGCGCUUUACGCGGUGAAGAAACGGAAGAAGCCGGUUCAGAAAAUACCCAAACCACCACCCCCAGAUGGCGCCAAGUCCAACCCGUCCAAGCGCCACCGCGACCGGCUCAACGGCGAGCUGGACAAGCUCACCAGCCUGCUGCCCUUCACCGAGGAGGUCAGGGCACGGCUGGACAAGCUGUCCGUGCUGCGCCUCAGUGUCGGGUACCUGAAGGUCAAGAGCUUCUUCAACGCCACCAUGAAGAAAGGCCAGAAUGGCACCAGCUGGACCAGCGAGCGGAGCCUCAUGUUUGGGGUAAACGCCCAGAGCAUGCCGACUCCGUCCUCCACAGCCUCCAUCUCUCACCAGGUGACCUCCAUCGAUGGAGUCAGCUUCACUGAGGGAGACCUGCUGCUUCAGGCUCUGAACGGCUUUGUGUUGGUGGUGACGGCUGAAGGCUACGUCUUCUACACAUCCCCAACCAUCCAGGACUUCCUCGGCUUCCACCAGUCCGAUGUCGUCCAUCAGAGCGUCUUUGAGUUGAUCCACACAGACGACCGAGCGCUCUUCAGACGGCAGCUUCACUUCGCCCUCAACCCAAAUAACAGCCAGCCAGACAGCACCGCAGCGAGCCCCAGCGAGCAGAGCUCCACGGAGAUCAGCACCAACGUGAUGGCGUACGACCCGCAGGCCAUCCCUCCAGAGAACUCCUCCUUCCUGGAGAGGAACUUCUGCUGCCGUUUCCGCUGCCUGCUCGACAACUCCUCCGGCUUCCUGGCCCUGAACUUCCGCGGCCGGCUGAAGUUCAUCCACGGUCAGAACCGGGUGUCUGAGGACGGGACGUUGGUUCCCCCGCAGCUCGCUCUGUUCUCCAUCGCCACGCCCAUGCAGCCGCCGUCCAUCCUGGAGAUCCGCACCAAGACGCUCAUCUUCCAGUCCAAACACAAGCUGGACUUCACGCCCAUGGGCAUUGACGCCAGAGGGAAGGUGGUUCUGGGUUACGACGAAGUGGAGCUCUGUAUGAAAGGGUCGGGCUACUACUUCAUCCACGCUGCAGACAUGAUGUACUGCGCUGACAACCACAUGAGAAUGAUAAAAACCGGAGAGAGCGGCUUCAACGUCUUCAGGCUUCUGGCCAAAACUGGGACAUGGGUCUGGGUCCAGGCCAACGCCAGGUUGGUCUUCAAAGCAGGGAAACCAGACUUCAUCGUGGCCCGGCAAAGAGCUUUGACAAAUGAAGAAGGGGAAGAGCAGCUGCGUCUCCGAAGGCUGCAGUUGCCGUUCAACUUUACCAGCGGAGAGGCGUUACUUUACGAUGUCACUCCGACUGUCGAGGUCCCCGACCCAUGCUCCGCCCCCAAGCAGAGGAAGUUAGACAGCUACUCCGUCAGCCCCAGCUCCAUACUGGGCAGCAUGCUGAGUCAGGACCAGUCUAUCUACUGCGAACACAACACCAACACCCUCAGCUCCGUCAGCGAUAUCGCCUUCCAGGACACCCACGCUACAGUCAGCGUCCCUGGAGAUGUGUGGCAGCUCACUUCGCCCAGACCUGUCGUGGGAAGCCUGGUGAAGUCCGAGGCCUCAGUUCAGGACAUGAUGGAGACCCUUCAGCAGAUCCUCGGGGACAACGACCUUGCAGACGCCCUGGACGUGGGGCCCGACGAGCUCAAGAGCUGGGAGAGCACCCUGCUGAAGAUGAGCAACAACAGCUGUGAGAUGAGCGAAGACCUGGACAUUCUCAGCAACGACAUCCUGUCGUACGUGGAGGAGCAGCUCCAGAGGGAGAGCACACUCAAGCUGCCAGAUCAGCUGGAUGACAUACCGACCUGCCUCUCCACUUUGGAGCUCCAGAACCAGAAUCCAGAGCAGGGCGUGGAGCAGAACUUCAGCUGGCCUGUGGAGCCCCAGAACCAGCUGAUAACAAACGGAGGGCAGAUGGUAGCCGCACAGCCGACUCCGGCCCUGGGGAUGAUGAAACUGACCCACAUGGAUCUCCCUCAGAUGAGUUCUGGUUUAAACGGUCCAACCCUUCAGCAGAUCGCCUCACAGCUCCCCGCUUCUGUUGGACUUCAAAUGGGAACCACAGGCAACAUUGGCGCUCCAGUUACCUUCAACCCUCCCAUGGUGGCCCAAACACAGAACCAAGUGAGGAACAUGCAAGCCGCUGCUAAGGACAACAACCUCGGAGCGUUUACGCUCAGGCAAAGUUCAAUCAAUCAGAUCCACCCUAACCAAAUGGCUCAACCAAUGCAGAACCACCUUCAGAUGCGGACACCCAACCUACCAGUCGGCCUCCAGGACCAAAGCGCAAAGAGACAGUUAAAUCCUGUGUUCAACUUUCAGGGAAACCAGUGGAACUCGUCUGUCCCCAACUCAAACCAAGCCGACAACUUUGUAGAAACAUACACCCAAAAUAUUUCAAACGAACCGGCUUUUACCGCAGAUCCCUCCUCGUCCAGCUGCUUACAGGGCCACUUUGCACUUCAGACACAGAACAAUGAGAAUCAGAGACAGUCUUGGCCGCUGGAGCAGCAGCUGAUCACAGGCGGACACCAACAAAUGGGCGCCUGCCUCAACCAAAUGUCAGGGUUUCAACAGAAUACUCUCCCUGGAGUUGUCACGGCCCAGAACGCCGUCAACGGCAGGCCCAUAUUCAGGACUCAAGAGACUCCUGAUGUACCAUUUCCUGUUCAGCCAGUGCUGGAGCCGCCGACUCUUGCACAACCUAGCAGUUGUAUGUUCAGUAAUGCCCCCACCUCUGUGCCUGUAAACGGAGUGCACCUCAGUCAGCCGCCCCCCUGCCAGAGACUGAACCCCGCCGGCAGCCAGAUUCCCUCCAAGCCUUCCUGCUUCUAUCAGGGUCUCCCCGGAGGUGGAGCUGUGCCGGGGAUGACGGCUAUCCCCAACCCUGAUGAGGCGCCGCCGUCCUGCCAGAUGACAGCCGGUCUCGACCCGAACGGCCUGCUGGUGCAACAACAGCCGUACCUAAACUUCAGUGAACAGACACAGAUCAACAGCCGUCCGGUUGUUGGUAACGGAGGCUUCCCCUUCUCCUCGCUGCCCAAUGGGAACGCGUACUACUCAGAGAACAAAUAGGAAUCAGCUGCUGCAGCUUGUGGACGGCAGAGGAUCCCGACUCGGACUGAAGCGGCAGUUAAAAGGAAGCAAAAACACUCCUGUCUCUAAACAUGAGUGGAUCAGACUGAAGAACAGAAAUGUGCCCAGGAAGCACGAGGAGACACGACAGGACGCCUCCCCUUUCUUCUCGUUAGGAAACAGUGAUGAAAGCUUUAAGUGUUCAGGACGGCUGCUCUUUGAGGAGGAGGAGGAGUUUGUUUCCGCUGGUUGGAUUAUACCAAAAAAAAAAAAGAUUUGUUUUGUGCAAUCGUGAUCAAGUUGGAGGGAUUUAAACACAAGCACGUCUGGGGUUUUUUCUACCAUGUUGAUGGACGGAAGUUUGGCUGCAGCCUGUCUGGGUUGUCGCUCAUCAUCGGCCAGUCAAGCGGCUCCAUCCAGCUCUUUACUGGAGGUGAGGUCGUCAACCAAAUCAACCCCUCGUCCUCAUCCUCAAGCUUUUCUCUUGUAAAACUCACACACGCACGCUGCACGAGUCUCGCAACAGAGUCGAAGUUUUCAGGCAAUCGUAUGUUUGACACCUUUGAUAACCAGUCCGCACCUGAUCUUAUCAGAACAAAGUCCUUCCUCAGCGUCCUUAACGUCCCCUUUUAUUUGCUCGAUUUCGGACCUGACAGCUGCGGCGUUGCUCACGAUUUCAGCCUUCGACGCUCGUAGUUUACUUUUUAGAGCAUCAAAAUCUUCAGUUGGGGCAUUCUUCAGUUCUUGCCUUAUAAUUGACGAGAGGAUGUCGGACUUUGUUGCCUCCAGGUCCAUGUUUGUAACUGGGUAGCAGGUCGGGCGGGGCUACCUGGAGGACUCGGUGUGGAAGGAAAUCAUUUGGAAUUGAAGUCUUUCCAGGUAGUUUACACGGGAAAUAUUCAUUCCGAAUGAGAGUUUACACGGGAGAUCAGUUUAAUCACCUUUAUUGGGGUCUGCACAAGGUUUGGGGCAGGGAAAGUUUCUUAUUGGAUAGGGGGCGGGGCAGAUGCUUGACGCCACCAUUCUUAGUGCCUUUUUCGGGCUUGUUUUGCUUAUAUUCUUGAAGCAGCAGUACGACAACAACCUUGUUCUGCUAAUGCUUCGUCUGUUGAGGAGGAGAAGGGAGGUAGAAGGUCGAAGAAGGGAGAUAGAAGACCGUGCUGUGGCGAAUGGAAACCGGUGAGUGCAACGAGUCCGACUGCUCUAUCUCAGCCCGUUGCUAUGCGCGCUAUAUACGUCAUCGCGCCAGAAGGGCAAGGAAACGAGCAUGCGCAGAAAGACCGGAAUGAACUUAAAGAGGAAUGAGUGUAUACAAGUGCGAGAAAUUCUUUCAUUCGGAAUUAGAAACGGAAUAUUCCAGCCCCUUACAUCGGAUUGAAUUUUCAAUCGCAUUGGCCAUUUUCAUUCCGAAUUAGGUGUUUACAAGAUCACUUUUAAUAGGAAUGAACUUUCAUUCCGAAUGAAAUGGGAAUUAAACUGUCCAUGUAAACACACUCAGUGUCUGAGUUUUGAAAUUAUAGAUAAACAAAAUAUGAUUACGUGCAGUGGAUGCCAUUGCAGGAGCCCUGAGAAGCACGUCUUACCCCAUGUCUUGCUCAACAGUGCCCCCCAGAAAGGCAUCGUUUAAUAUAGACUAAAAUAGACUUUAUUGUGCAGUGUAACCUGCCUGUUUUAAGACAAGAGAAAAGCCCUACAGGAUGAGGACGGAGUGGGUGGGUUGGUUUCCCUCCUCACCUCCGACGAAGAGCCCCGAGCAUUCACGCCUGUCUCCACACAGCGGCUGACACCUGAAUGUCUGAACUGAACGAAAGCUAAAGAAAGAGGACACCCUGUCAAUCCUCUGCCGUCUCCGACUCUCCCCAACAACCUGCGCUCAGAAGGAUAAAAUAUAUCUUUGUUUUUAUUUUUUGUUGCUGUUUUUGUCCUUUUGAAAAACGUGCAUUUCAACUCUUCACUGUCCCGGCGAGGGAGAUUUGCUUUGCAGACAGGGUAUUAAUAAAAAAGAAAACGCACAACGAAAUCACGACAUCAUCCUACUAACAAACCAUCUUUUUUAAAGAUUUAAAGACGAUUGAGUGAACACAGCUGCUUCUUUAGUGCGUCUCUUGUGUAUUUUAAAAGCAUUCAGUCAGAGCUUUUAUCACUGAGCCAGUUCGUCCUUUUUCUUUUCUUGUAGUUUCUUUUCCUGUUGUAGGGAGAAAGAAAAAUACAGACAGUGCCUUAACGUGACAGCAGGCUCAGUCUGUUGAGAUUUUAAAACAUUUCCAACGAGAAUAUUUGCAAAACCAAACUCGCCCUUGCCUUAGUUGCCAACUUUUGAGAUUUUUUUUUUUUGCACUGCAAGUGUUUGCCAAAGCGUUGUGAAGAGAAAAUAACUCUAAGCUUUAUAACAAAAAGAUUUUAUAAGCAGGAGAAGAAAAUUUUUAGUGCUGGAUCCUCUAGAUUUUAAAGAUAUUGGAUGAUAAACUCAUUAUUGUGUCUUAUUUGAAUAAUUAUAAUAAUAAUUCUACAUUUUAAUGACCCAGACUGAGAGUCUCAGUGCCUUAAAGUUGUCUUUUUAAAAAUGUUUUUUUAGAUUCAAACCCCCGAAAAUUCCAAACCAGGAUGUUAAUCUGAGAGUAGAUCCUUUGUCCAUAUCUCCGUCCUCCUCCUCUUUCCUCUUCCUGUCUUUGUGGUUAAUUUAUCGACGUUCUUGCUCGGACUGGGAGCAUCGGUCGACGAGUCGCCCCGGCAGCAAAAACACAGAAGUAAAACGAUUAAAGGCAGCUAUUGUAUAUUUUAAAUGAGGGAAAAAAUUGAAAAAAAAAAAAAAAGAUGAACACUUCACAUGUGCCUUUUAAUUGUCUUCUUUGAUUGUCUGUUUAUUUUAAAAAACAAUUCAGCACUUAGAUUGAAAUGAAACGCCGUGAGAAAGCCUCAAACUGCAAGACAGGUGCGUCGCUUCAUCCAGUACUGAGCCACGAGAUCUGACUUUUGUCUGAGCGAGUGUUGUGGCACGAGUUCUCAGCACUUUUGUACUUUUUAAAAAUAUAAUUCUCCGAGAAUCAGUAGGUUUCAGAUGAUUUUAGAAGCUAAAAUAAAAGUAGUGACUGCAGACUUGAAUAUGUGACGUAAAAACCAAAAGAGAAAAUCAGUGAAGCCGUCUGUGAUGCUGUAUGUGCUCCAGGAUACCAAAGGGAAAAGACACAACACAGAUCCACACAAAAUAAUUUCCACACUCAAACAGCAGGAAACACAUCAGACAGAUUGAAGCUGUGCUUUCAGAACAUUCACACGUUAGAAAUGUGCUGCGUUCAUGUCACAAGUUUCCAACUUGUGAACAGCGUUCACACCAACACCCAAACUGAGAUAUACAGAGUCUGUUGAAAGCUGCUGAAUGUCCAACUUUGUGCUCGAUAAUGCAUCAAAAGACGAACAAAUAUGGACGCCAGUGCCUGUUGUUCAAAGCGAGACACCCCAGGUGAAAGCAUAACCAUAACAUGUUUUUGUUCAGAUUUCUGUUGUGGAAAUUAAUAAAAAAAAGCCCUUAUUUAAUUAAAUAAAGCCAAAUUUUCACAUUUAAUUUACAUUUUAGAAAGCUUGUAAUAUAUAAAAAAAUAAUCGUGGUGUAAGUAAUCAGCUGAAGAAAUUUCACGGUAAUAUCUAUGAAAAAUUUUACCCCAAAUGUUGGUAUAAAAAUGUAUGAAACUUUACAAAACAUAUAUUUAAAUGGCGUUUUCUCAAAAACAUUCUUUUCUAAAGCUCUUUGCUAAACUGCAGUAGCACUUAAAUAUGCCAAAUUUACAUAUUUAAACAUAAAAUCUCUGAAAACUUGUAAUAUACAAAAAGAAUUGUCUUAGUGUAAGUAAUCAGCUGAAGACAUUUAAUGAUAACAUCUAUUCAAAGUUUUACCCCAAAGUUUGGUCUAAAAAUGUAUGAAACUUUACAAAACAUAUAUUUAAAGGGCGUUUUCUUAAACUCGAAGCCAAAUUUUUUUACUUCAGUAGCACUUAAGCUCACCAGAUUUUCCAGUUUCAUUCCCAUCUAUAUUGUGAAGGUUUUUACAGAGGGGUUUGCUCAUGUGUCAUUCACAGCCUGAUUUAGAGACCUUAAUAUUCCUAAAAAUAUGGUGAAAAUGCAUUUUAAAUGGCUGUUGACAGUUUCUUCUGAAUUAUGGAUUAAUGAAAAGAGACGAUAUGUCAACGGAAUUUUUUUGUAUUUAAACACAAUUUUAGGAACUUGUGAUACAAAAAAAAGUGUUAAUGUUAGUAAUCAAGUGGGGAAGUUUCAUGGUGAUAUCUAUGAAAAGUUUUACCCCAAAUGUCGGUAUAAAAAUGUAUGAAACUUUACUUUAACAUGUAUUUAAAAGACGUUUUCUCAAAAACAUUUUUUUUCUCAAGCUCUUUGCUAAAUUUUUUUUUACUUCAGUAGCACUUAAAUAUGCCAUAUUUGCAUAUUUAAACAUAAAAUCUCAGAAAACUUAUACAAAUAUACAAAAAUAAUUGUCUUAGUGUAGGUAAUCGGCUGAAGGCAUUUAAUAGUGAUAUCUAUUCAAAACUCAAAGCCAAAAUUUUUUACUUCAGUAGCACUUAAGCUCACCAAAUUUUCCAGUUUCAUUCCCAUCUAUAUUCUGAAGGUUUUUACUGAGGGGUUUGUUCGUGUGUCGUUCACAGCCUGAUUUAGAGAAGUUUUUUAUUCCUACAAAUAUGGUAAAAAUGCAUUUUAAAUGGCUGUUGACAGUUUCUUCUGAAUUAUGUAUUGAUAAAAAGACACGAUAUGUCAACAUACAAUUUUCAUAUUUAGACAUAAGAUUCUAGAAACUUGAAAUACAAGAAUAAAAAAAAAAGUUUUAGUGUUAGUAAUUCACUGUUAGCUAAUUCUUUUACCCUUUUCACCCGGGAUGUCUCCUUAACAUAAUAAACCUAAAUUUGAUGGAUAUACUGUUGUAUAUUAUCAAUGCACAGUAUGUUGAAUCCUCACACAACCAAUCAGAAGACAGAUUAUUUUGGUUUGAGACAGGUGGUCACACAAAACAUUUAAGAGAAGUUGCAACAGGCAUUUUUCCACUAUGAAUUUGAUUUUUCAUACACCAACAAUAUAGGAAUGGGAGAAGUAAUGUACAAAACAGCAGCUUUUUCAAAUAUAAUUCGGUUAUAGAUUGUUUGAGUUGGAUUACGGUCCAUAUAGUCCAUGACGUUUGUGUUCUAGACUUGUUUUCUAGUCUUAAUCAUGACUUGGAAGUUGACAUGAACUCUAGUCACAAGUCAUAAACUGCCCCCGUGUCCCAAAUCCAUCCUACAUACACAGUUAUCACCACAGUACACAGUUUCACUAGUUACAGUGUACAAAAACUGUUUCAUAGUUUGGAUUUGGGACACACUAUGUGAUGUGAAUGCUUCCUUAGCAGCAAGUGAGAUGUUGAAAGGCAUUCUGGGUAAUGUAGUAAACCACUGACAGCAGAAGUAAAGGAGGCAGGUUGAGCUACAGUUUUUUACGAUUGCUUUGGCUAAAUUUUCUUGAAAUAAUGUGCAAAUUUUUUUAUUUUUUAGGCUCAAAAUAUCUUUAAAAACAUCUGUUGUAAAGCAAAUUUAACACUUUAUUUAAGCACAGAAUUUAAUUUGUAAAGAUAUGAGUUCAUUUUGGAUCUUUGCAUGUUACAUGUUUGUGAAAUUGAGCCACAGCAAAUGUAAAAAAAAUAAAAAAAUGUUAAUUGUAAUAAAGCACCUGAAAGCACCACAUUUGUUGUUGUGUUGUUUUAGAGGACAUUUUUGACAUGUUGGUGGUGCUUUCAGGUGCUACAACAAAAACCACAGAGUGUGUCUCCACAGCUGAUUCACCAAAAUGAAACCAAACCCUCAUCACAGAUGGACGGUAUCUUUUCAGAUUCAGUACAAAGUGAAGCGCUCGUUUCAGAGGCGUGUGACCUCUUUAAAACCCCGAGUGCUUUCAGUCCAAUCACAAAGUAUUCAUAUAAACAUAUAAAAUAUAUCUCGUUGCUUGCUUCUAGAUAAAAUAAAAACAUUUGUACUUGUUAUACUCUUCAAACCCCGGGAGGCCAAGGCUCCAGAUUGCAGUAUCUUUGUGUACCUGUAUAUAAAUAUAUAUAUUUGUCUUCUCCUUUUUUCAAUAUUGUCCCAUAUUGUGUAUUGUAAUGUCGUAUUGCCUUAACCCGACUCACGCCUUCGUCCUUUUUUUGUACAUUUUCUGCACAGCAUAUUCAUCAUGUUAACCCCUCGUUAUGAUGGUUUUUUUGUAACUUUUCAACGUAUGAUAUCUUGUGGAUUUGCCUUCAAUAUUUUGCCUCUAACAGUGUAUUGAGUGUUUGAGUCGAUCUUUUCAUGCUCACCAUAUUAAAGGUGAUGUGAUCACACAGGA